AUGUCAACUGUGGGAGCCUUUGCAUACUACGUGGAGUCCAUUGAAUCUCUGAGCCGAAUCAACGCCUACUUUCUGCAACAAAAGAUCGAUUUCAGCGAUAGAAAGGAUGUAUCAAGUUGGCUGACUCGAUUUAAGGAGCUUGACCUCCGGCUAGUCCAUUGGAAGAUGUUCCUACCACAACAGUGGAAGGAUUCCGGUAUAUCUCGCAAAGAAAUGCCUGGCGUGAUGGAUCCAAACAUGACACUGGCUCACACCACCCACAACACAUCGAUGAUCCUCCUCCAUCAACGUAUCGCGUAUCCAGAGGCCGAACUGCGUGGCAUCCGACUUCCGAGUGCGUAUAGUGCAGAGACUUGCCAGAACGCUGCGAUUGAGACCGCAGAUAUGGUCAAAAAGUACCUCCAAAGCUCACCGCCCGACGCCCUCGUCUCACCACAGAUGUCGUUUUGUUGCUUCGUCAGUGGCAAGGUUCUACUAGUGCACUGGAGAUACUAUGCCGUACUGGAAUACGUGGACGAAGCGGAUCAGACCGCAGAACAGCAUGCGGACGUCUUGGAAAGAAACGCCCCAGAAGUACGAUCAGACGCUUCGGAGAAAAUGGAUGAGAACACACUGCAGACUCAGGCCCACUCGACAUCGGGGGAUCCACCGUCUGUCGAGUCCGUUGGUGACGAGCUUUCUGCAAUAUCGAGAGCACUGAUGGACGAGGGCUUCACGGGAAUGGACCGAAUCAUGAGCUAUGACGACAUCAUUUUCAAUAUGAGACUCGAGGAUUUCAACGCAGGUUCUUCCGACGGGUGGAUUAUUCAAGGAGCCGAAGGGCUUGAGAGUAUCCAGCCAACUCUAGAUGAUUCUGCAGGAUCGACCUGGCACCCUAUUUGA